AUGCGCGUGCGGGCGAUGGCGGUGGCGAGGGCGGCGGUGGUGGCGCUGGUGGUGGCGCGCUGCUGCAUCCCUCUCGCGCGGGCUGCACCCGUGCUCGACACUGACAUGGGCGUGGUGGCGGAACUGGCGGUGGCGUGGAACAGGACCGCGGCGUGCAAGACGUGGGUGCGCGGCAGGGACUGCGACACCAUGGCGGGCCUGCUCUGCGACGCGCAGGGGCACGCCGUGGCCAUGGUGUGGUAUGGCGGGGUGUGGUAUGGCGGGGUGUGGUGUUCCAUGCAAUGCAAUGCUGGGUGGGAAUUGGUGGUGGUGUGUGAAGGGGUUAGCAAUGCGUGUGGUCUCGCGCGUCAAGUGCGCACUUUAUUCCACUGCGCACAUCCAACCGCGCACGUUCCUUCACCUCUCAACGUUCCUCAACUCAACUCCCUUCUCUGUUAUCCCAAUGCUACCUCUGUGCGCCUCCUGUCCCCCGCAUGCACGUCACCCGCGUGUGUGUAUGUGUGCGCAGGAGCAUCACAUCCAGCACCCUCGAGAAAGGCGUUCCACCUGCCAUCCUCACCAUGCCCAUCCUCAAGCACCUGUGAGGCAUCCGCUGCCCCCUCCUCUCUCUGCCGCCCUGCUCUCCAUUUCGCCCUGCUCUCCAUUUCGCCCUGCUCUCCAUUUCGCCCUGCUCUCCAUUUCGCCCUGCCCUCCAUACUGAAUCUGACGGGCUGUCGCAUAUCCGUGUCCUUGUCGUCGUUCAUCAGUCGGAACAUCUCAAGUCCUCUUGAAACCUUGAUACUCGCCGGCAACUUCUUUAGUGACUACAACAUGACAGAUGAUCUCGGCCGGAUCACCUCGCUCAGGCACCUCGACCUGAGCUACAACUCGCUGUGGGGGCCGCUGCCGGACGGCUUCAGCGCCCUCCAGCACCUCACUGCUCUGCACAUUAAUGCGAACGGCCUGGAUGGACUGCCCACCGUGCUCACCACCCUCACUGCGCUCAAGCACCUGUCGAUGGGGGCAAAUGGAUUCGAGCCGGCCAUUCCGCCAUUGCUGGGCGAUAUUGGCAACCUUCAAAUGCUGAGCUGUGUGUACUGCUUCGUCAACGGGCCUCUACCGUCCGCAUUGUCACGGCUCAAGAAGCUCACUGAGUUCACCAGAUCCAUUGCCCACAGCCGCAUCAGGGGCUCCAUUCCACAGGCCAUCGGGCAGCUCGUGAACCUCACCCACCUGGGCCUUUAUUACACUGGCGUUUGGGGCACCCUCCCCAGUUCACUUGGCAACCUCAUCAACCUGGAAAAUCUAUACUUGCCACGCAACAACCUGAGCUGGACCAUCCCCAACUCCUUUUCACGACUCAGGCGUCUCUCCACGCUGGAACUCAGUGAGAAUCGGCUGUCAGGGCCCAUUCCCUCGAUACUUGGGCUACUCACCAACCUGGACAGAAUGACCUUGCACGGCAAUAGACUGGCCGGCAUCAUCCCUGCAUCAUUGGGCAGACUCAGCCGUCUCACUUUCAUGGACCUGUCGUCCAACCGCAUUAGAGGGACCAUCCCUGCUGCACUGAGCGGGCUCAGCAGUAUUGAUGACCUGGACCUAGGUGGCAACCGCCUUUCAGGGACAAUACCUGCCGCAUUCAGUGCUCUCAGCAGUCUUAAAAACCUCAAUCUACAAUCCAACCAGCUGGUGGGGAGCCUGCCGUCACUGCAACUCAUGAAGUCGGUGCGGAACGUCUUUGCCAGCUCCAACUUCCUCACGGGCACCACCGACGCGUCGCUUGCCAACAUCCAGCGCCUGUGCAAGGGCGUGAACCUCUACCUGCAGUACAACUGCCUCGGCAACACCUCCGUGCUCUGUGGCACGGGGCAGACACAGAGGAGCACCAGCGAGGGCCGUGCCUGUGGCGGGCUGGGCUGGCGGCUUGUCGGGCCAAGAAUCGAGAUGGGCUACCCAGUGCCUCUUAGCCGAGGCCGGGCUUCUGUGUUUGGGCCUAGCAGCAGGUCUCAUGUGAGGCUGCGCCCGUUUCUUUCCGUUCUCCUCGCCAUCACCACCGCUGCCGCCAUAAUCGUUUCUAUCAAGAUCGCCAUCACGUCGGUUACUGCGUGGCGUCGACUCAGCCGCAUCCUUCCGGGCCUCGCGCCUCGGUUGGGUGGGGCCGCUCUCGCUCCGUUUCCUCCACACGGCGCGCGUUCCAUAGCGGCCACUUCUCUCCCCAUGGCGGCGCAAGGCGCGCCACCGGCGGUGGACGGCGAGGCAUCGUACGACUACGAUCUGGUGGUCAUCGGCGGGGGGUCGGGCGGCCUCGCGUGCUCUAAAGAGGCGGCGAAGCUCGGCAAGAAGGUGGCAUGUCUCGACUUCGUGAAACCAACACCCACAGGCACACAGUGGGGCCUCGGAGGCACGUGUGUGAACGUGGGGUGCAUACCCAAGAAGCUCAUGCACCAAGCAGCGCUGUUGGGCGAGUCCUUUUCUGACGCGCGCGCCUUUGGAUGGGACCUCCCACGCGACGUCAAGUUCGACUGGGCGAAGCUGGUGCAGGGCGUUGGGGACCACAUCGGGUCGCUCAACUGGGGGUACCGCGUGGCGCUGCGCGACGCCAAGGUCACGUACGUCAACGCCCUGGGGCGCUUCAUUGACCCGCACACCCUCGAAUGCACCAGUCGCGCCGGCCAGGUAUUGCGCAUGACAGCGGAGCGCUUUGUGAUAGCGGUGGGAGGGCGCCCACGCUACCUGGGCGUGCCGGGGGAUAAGGAGCUCUGCAUUACCAGCGACGACAUCUUUUCGCUGCAGCGGCGCCGGGGAAGACGCUGUGUGUGGGCGAGCUACAUCUCGCUGGAGACGGCGGGCUUCCUCGCAGGGCUGGGCUUCCCCGUCUCCGUCAUGCCGCGCUCCAUCCUCCUGCGCGGCUUUGACCAGGAGGUGGCGGAGCACAUAGGGCUGUACAUGGAGCGCCAUGGCAUCUCCUUCAUCCGCCCCGCUGUGCCCACCCGCUUCGACCGCACUGCUGACGGCAAGGUGGCGGUGACGUACAAGCGCAUGGACACGGGAGCGGAGGGCAGGGAGGAGUUUGACACAGUCGUCAUCGCAGUGGGCCGCGACGCUCAGACACAAGAACUCAACCUGGCAGCAGCAGGAGUGGACGUGAAUCCCCUCACGGGCAAGAUUAUCGCACCGGAGGAGCAGACGUCGGCGCCGCACAUAUACGCGAUAGGGGACGUGCUGGACACGCGGCAGGAGCUCACCCCCGUUGCCAUCAAGGCGGGCCAGCUGCUGGCGCACCGCCUCUUCGCCGGCUCCUCCCAGCGCAUGGACUACAACCUGGUACCAACGACAGUGUUCACGCCAUUGGAGUACGGGUGCAUAGGCAUGGCGGAGGAGCUCGCCAUCGCCACCUAUGGCCCCGACAACAUCGAGGUGUACCACUCGUACUUCAAGCCGCUGGAGUGGCAGGUGAACCACGAGGAGAGCAACGGCGUGUCGCACCGCGAGGACAAUGUGUGCUAUGCCAAGCUGGUGUGCAACAAGCUGGACAGCGACCGCGUGCUGGGGCUGCACGUCGUGGGACCCAACGCCGGGGAAAUCACUCAGGGCUACGCGGUGGCGAUGCGCAUGGGGGCGUGCAAGGCGGACUUUGAUGCAACAGUGGGCAUCCACCCCACCAUGAGCGAGGAGUUCACUUCAAUGCCCCGUCGUCCAACCUCCUUCCCCGGACCUCUCAUUUCCCCUCCCUGUUCCCUCAUUUCCCCCCCUCCCUCUCUCUUUUCCCCCACUACUCCUACCCCUUGUUUCCACCUCUGCUUACCCUCGUUCCCCCCUCUCUUUUCCCUUAUUUCCCCCUCUCCUCUCCCUCGUUCCCCCCUCUCCAUCCCAUCAUUUCCCCCUCUGCUUCCCCUCGUUCCCCCUCUCCAUCCCCUGAUUUCCCCCUCCUUUCCCCCACUGCUUCCCUUCCUUUCCCCCACUUCUUCGCCUCCUUUCCCCCACUGCUUCCCCUCCUUUCCCCCACUGCUUCCCUCCUUUCCUCCGCUGCUUCCCCUCCUUUCCCCCACUGCAUCCCCUCCUUUCCCCCACUGCUUCCCUCCUUUCCUCCGCUGCUUCCCCUCCUUUCCCCCACUGCUUCCCCUCCUUUCCCCCACUGCUUCCCCUCCUUUUCCCCCCCGUGCUUCCCCUCCUUCCCCCCGUUUCCCUCACUGCCUCCGCUCCCGCUGCCCUUCUCUCACCUGUCCAUCCCUUGCCUCCCCUUCGCAUACGUCUAAAGCUGUGAGCGAAAUCAGACACAACUUUCCCUCACAUCCCCUCUCCCUCCCCCGUUUGUUACCCAUCCCUCUCCUACACCCAUCCAUCUCCCUCUCCUUCCCCUCGUUCCCCCCUCUCCUUCCCCUCGUUCCCCCUCGCCUUCCCCUCGUUCCCCCCUCUCCUUCCCCUCGUUCCCCCUCUCCUUCCCCUCGUUCCCCCCUCUCCUUCCCCUCGUUCCCCCCUCUCCUUCUCCUCGUUCCCCCCUCUCCUUCCCCUCGUCCCCCCCUCUCCUUCACCUCAUUUCCCCCUCUGCUUCCCCUCGUUCCCCCCUCUCCUAGCCCUCAUUACCCCCUCUCUGCUUCCCCUCGUUCCCCCCCCUCAUCCUUGUUCACCCCACAACUUCCCCUCAUUUCCUCUCAUCACCUCCCCUGCUCCCUCUCACUACCUCCCCAGCUUCCAAUCUUUUCUCCCUCUGCUUCCCCUCGUUUCUCCCUCUCUUUCCCUUCAUUUCCGUCCCUGCUUCUCCUUUGCCUGCUUUCUCUUCGAUUGCGUCUUGCCCACAGUUCCCCCCUUACCCUCCUUCCUCUGUUGUUUUCAAUGCUACCGUAUCACCCUCCUUUCUCUGAGUUUUUCACCUCUUCUUACGCGUUGUCUCCCCACCUGCUUGCCCUUGUUCGUCUCCACCCCCUUACCCUCCCCCCAACCCGCUCUUCCUGCACGCUUGUACUCAGUCCUCCGGAUUUCCAGAUCAUCUUUACUCGAUAUCUGCUCUGUGCAGCAUGGAGCACAGUGAAGUAG